AUCAACAAUAAAUUCAAACAAAUUUGACAAAAUUACAAGUCUCAAAUUUUGUGAAACAUCAAUUUGAAAAAAAAAGUGAACAACAAUAUGUCUCAAGACUUUCAGUUGCUGCCGAAAAUCAUCAACGGUGGCGUCGGCUCCAUGGUUGGCGUGCUUUGUGUGUUCCCAUUGGACUUCGUUAAGACGCGUCUGCAGAAUCAACAAAUUGGGCCGAAUGGUGAAAAGCAAUAUAGCAGCAUAGUCGAUUGCUUUCGCAAGUCCAUACGCAACGAGGGCAUACUGGGCAUGUAUCGCGGCAUUAGCGUCAUUUUAUUGCUCGUCACACCCGAGAAAGCCGUUAAAUUGGCAGCCAACGACUACUUUCGUUUUCACUUAACGAAACCAGAUGGCACAUUACCAAUGCCACAACAAAUGCUGGCUGGCGCUGGUGCCGGUUGCUUUCAAGUGCUGGUGGCCACACCAAUGGAGUUUAUCAAAAUUCAGCUGCAGGAUGCGGGACGUGUGGCGAAGGAAGGCCGAGUAACGGAACGUAUUACAGCCACGAGUAUUUUCCUAAAAAUGUAUCGAGAACGUGGCAUUUUUGGUCUAUAUCGUGGCAUUGCACCGACUGCCUUUCGCGAUAUAUUAUUUUCCCUCGUCUACUUCCCGUUAUUUGCUGGUCUGAAUGCAAUGGGGCCACGUAAGGCCAACUCAGCGGAUGCUGUGCCAUGGGUUUCUUUUAUGGGAGGCCUAAUUUCGGGAUGCACUUCAGCUUUCGUGGUUACACCUUUCGAUGUUGUGAAAACACGUCUACAAGCAAUCAAGAAACGGGCGGGUGAACAGGAGUUCAGUGGCAUUUUAGAUUGUUUCGUUAAAACGAUGAGAAAGGAAGGUAUUACCGCGCUCUUCAAGGGCGGACUAUGCCGUGUGAUGGUCAUAUCGCCAUUGUAUGGUAUUGUGCAAGUAAUUUACUACUUGGGUGUUGGUGAGGCUGUGUGUGAUGCAUUAUUUCAAAGAGGGACCUAAGUGACAAAAGAGGGAUAUGGCAAUUAUGAAAGAUUUUCAAAUACAGUUUUUACUUAAUGUUGUUGGUUAAAUAAAAUUUGUGAAAAGAAAAGACAA